UAUGUGUAUAUAUAUGUGUAUAUAUAUGUGUGUAUAUAUAGGCGAGUACACAUUUCCCAGAAUACCCUGGAGUGUCUGCACGGGGAGUUUGACGUGGAGCCGGGGAACGGAGGAGACCGCUGCGAAUACCUGAAGGAAAGGGGCAUCGAGACGUACUUGGUGGUGGUGCCCAAGGGCCCCGUGGGUAAAAACGGCAUCAACGGUGUAAAGCUUUCGGUGACGUCGUCUAACGGGAAUUCUCCGCUGCUGAUCAACACCACGGAGUGCAACGGGAGCGUCCACACGGCCUGCACCACACCGGAGGAGCCGGAGGAGCUGGACACACGGGUGGUGAACCCCUCGUUUCCGAACCCUCGGCGCCGCUUGCGUCUGCGCGAUCUGGCCGAGAGAGUGAUCGACGCUCAGGAGAACGAACAGGAGCUCAAUAAACUCCUCAAUGAAGCGCUGCUGGAGAGAGAGACAGUACAAGCGCUGAAAGGGAAGUACACUAAUCGUCUGUCUCUGCGGUUCACCGAUCCCGAGCUGGAGACGCGCUUCUCCGUGGAGAAGGAGAAGCAGAGCGGAGCGGCGUUCAGCUGUUCUUGUGUGGUGCUGCUCUUCACCGCUGUCAUGGAGGCUCUCGUUGACCCCUGGUUGGUUGCAAACUACGUGACUCUGGCCGUGGGUGAAGUCUUGCUGCUCAUUCUCACGAUCUGUUCACUGGCGGCCAUUUUCCCUCGGGUGUUCCCAAAGAGACUGGUGUCGUUCUCCACUUGGAUCGAUCACACGCGCUGGGCUCGCAACACUUGGGCCAUGGCGGCCAUCUUCAUAGUCACGAUGGCCGACAUAGUAGAUAUGUUGAGCUGUCGUCCUCCGGAGUCCUCCUCAACCGAGGCCACAGCGGUCACCCCGGUCACUUCGGCCGCCAGCGGCUGUUGGGAGAAUCCCAAAUACUACAGCUACAUCGCGGUGCUGGCUCUCAUGGCCACCACCAUGCUGGUGCAGGUCAGUCACAUGGUCAAGCUCACCCUCAUGCUGCUGAUCACCGGAGCCACAGGCGUGGUCAACAUCUACAGCUGGAGGGACAUCUUUGACCUGUACGACCUGACACGCUUUAAAGAAUACAGAGUUCAUCUUGUGCCCUCCAAAUACACCAUGAGUGUGAUGAUCUUCAUCAUGAUGGUCAGCUUCUACUACUUCUCCCGACAUGUGGAGAAGCUGGCUCGCACGCUGUUCCUGUGGAAGAUCGAAGUGCAUGAGCAGAAGGAGAAGGUGUAUGAGAUGCGGCGCUGGAACGAGGCUCUGGUCACUAACAUGCUCCCGGAGCACGUCGCUCGCCAUUUCCUGGGCUCCAAGAAGAGGGACGAGGAGCUCUACAGCCAGUCCUACGACGAGAUCGGAGUCAUGUUCGCCUCCAUCCCAAACUUCUCUGACUUCUAUACCGAGGAAAGCAUCAACAACGGCGGCAUUGAGUGUCUGAGGUUCCUCAAUGAAAUCAUUUCUGAUUUCGAUAGCUUGCUGUCAAAACCCAAAUUCAGUGGCGUGGAGAAGAUCAAAACGAUUGGCAGCACAUACAUGGCUGCAACGGGGCUGAAUGUGACCCCUGGACCAGAAUACGCCCAGGACCACGACCGGCAGUACAUGCACAUUGGAACAAUGGUGGAGUUCGCGUUUGCUUUGGUGGGGAAGCUUGACGUCAUCAACAAACAUUCCUUUAAUGACUUCAGGCUGCGAGUGGGAAUAAACCACGGCCCAGUAAUUGCAGGAGUAAUCGGAGCGCAGAAACCACAGUACGAUAUCUGGGGGAACACUGUGAAUGUAGCUAGUAGGAUGGAAAGCACAGGGGUGCUUGGGAAAAUACAGGUUACCGAGGAGACGAGGCGGAUCUUGCAGACGUUGGGCUACAUGUGCUCCUGUCGAGGGAUCAUCAACGUGAAGGGCAAAGGGGAUCUCAAAACCUUCUUCGUUCACACUGAGAUGACACGAUCCUUAUCACAAGGGAAUGUAAUGCCUUGAACACACCAGUCAGUCAUUGACCUGAUUAAAACAUGUACAGUUCAAUAUAACGUUGGCCUACUGUAGUGGAGCUCUACAGCGUUCUGUUUGCACCACAUACACUAGAUUAUUUGCAUUGCUUUAUAAGUAAUGGAUGGCUCAGAGGCUCUGUGUAACCCAGACUUGUAUUUGUGUGUUGCUCAAUCCAUAAUUUAAAUCAGCAGAGAUUUUGUAAAAUAAAGACACUUAACAAAGGUG